AUGGCGGCCAUGGAGGAGCUGGAGAUCCACAGCAAGUCCUAUUUUGUGCGCUGGGUCAAUGUCAAAGCCGGCCAUACCAUCUCGUGGAGCAUCCAGCCGCAUAAAAAGUCCCUCAAUUUCGGCAUCUUCAAGCACCCUGGCCAUGCCGCCGUCCUCGGUUCCUCGAACAACCUCCCCUCCACCGAUUCGCACAGCACCGACUCGAACGAGAACCUACCCGCGACCGCGAACUCCUCCUCGUCGCGUUUGCACAGCGCGUCUUCCUCCGCCGUCAUCGAGAAGCUGACCGGCAUCGGCCUGAAACAGAUUCGCUGGGUCGGCAAAUGCGAGGCUGAGAAGAUUGUCCAAGGCACCUACGAUCUCUCUAAGACGGUCACUCUCGUGCUGCUCACCUACCCCACCGAUUUGCCCCCACAGUCGGCCCCCGUGCCUCAUGCUGCCGGCGGUCCCCUGAUAUCCCGCGGCACCGACUCGUCGGACUCGAGCAAGCCUCUCGCCUCGCGACGCCGGGGCAACAGUGUCACGCACGCCGUGCCCCAACCCGGUAAUGUCGACCCGGCCUCCGUCCAUACGGGCGUUUUACAUAAAAGACGCCGGAAGCGUCACCAGGGCUGGGCCCGGCGGUUCUUUUCCUUGGACUUCGCCUCGUCCACCUUGUCCUACUACCAUGACCGGAACUCGUCCGCUCUUCGUGGCUCGAUCCCACUCUCCCUAGCUGCAGUUGCCUGCAACGAAAAGUCCCGCGAGAUUUCCAUCGACUCCGGCGCGGAGAUCUGGCACCUCCGCGCCAGCAACGAAAGCGAGUUCUUCUCGUGGAAGCGUGCUCUCGAGAAGGCUUCUUCGUCCAAGACCCCCGGCGAGGAACUGCACCAACCCGAGCCCUUACUCCGCGUGCCGUCGCUGCGCCUGCCAACGAACCCGGCCGAAGAGCGCGAGUGGGAACAGGUCGAGAGUCUGGUGAGCAAGGUGUCUGGGUCCCGUGAUGCCGUCCGACGACUGGCCAAGGAUACCGACCCCAAGUACUUGACCUACGACCGGCCCCGCGGUCGGUCUCCCAGCCCGCAUCCUCCCUCCGACGCGAACGGUGUGGAGACGGCCGACGCGCGGGAACGACGUCCCUUCUGGAAACGCAAGACCAGUGGAAACACCCCGGCCGGCGGCGUCAAGCGCAACACCACGAUGGCUUCCUCUUCUCAGCAGCUCGUGGUGCCGGGCUCGAGCGCGGGCGGUGCUGAUGCUGCUUCCCUCUCCGGUGAGCGUAAACCCGGCAGUGUCUCUAGCCAUCCAGACCAAGCGGAGGAGAUCCAUGACAAUCUGAUGGCCCUCCUCCGCGACCUCGACAACGUCGUGAGCGAAUUCACUUCUCUGAUUGCGGAGAGCAAGCACCGACGUCACCCGCCUGCGAUGACAGUGCAGUCGCGCAUGAGUAUGGAAUCGGACAUGUCGCAGGAGUUCUUCGACGCGGUCGACGGAAACACAUCCCCGCUCCUGACGAUCCACGGCGACAGCGAUGACGAAGCCAACGAAGAGAAGAAGGCCGACGACCGAGUCGUCUCCGACGACGCUCCCUCCGACAGCGACGAUGACAUCUCCGAGGCCGCGGGCGACGACCGGUACUCAUCCUUCUUCCCGGCGCGCCCCAAGUCCCUCACCCCGCUGCCCCUGGACCCGGUGCCUCGCCGGUCGACCAUCGCCGCGCCCACCGUCAUGCCGCCCAGCUUGAUUGGGUUCCUACGCAAGAACGUCGGAAAAGACCUGUCCCAAAUCUCUAUGCCCGUCUCGUCCAACGAGCCACUCUCACUGCUCCAGCGCGGUGCAGAGGUCAUGGAAUACGCGCCUCUCCUCGACAAAGCCGCCCACUCGCCCGACGCGGUCGAGCGUCUCAUGUAUGUGACCGCCUACGCACUGUCCACCCUCUCCAGCAACCGCGUCCGCGAGCGCGCCCUCCGCAAACCCUUCAACCCCAUGCUCGGCGAGACCUACGAGCUCGUCCGCGAGGACCUCGGCUUCCGCUUCAUCGCCGAAAAGGUCUCCCACCGCCCUGUGCAGCUCGCCUACCAGGCGGACGGCAAGGACUGGAGCCUGGCGCAGUCGCCAAUGCCCUCUCAGAAGUUCUGGGGCAAGUCAGCCGAGAUCGUCACGGAGGGCAAGAUGCGGCUCACGCUGCACCCGACCGGCGAGCACUUCAGCUGGUCGCCUGCCACCUCCUUCCUGCGCAACAUCAUCGCCGGUGAGAAAUACGUCGAGCCUGUCGGCGAAAUGACCGUCCUCAACGAGUCCUCCGGCCAUAAGUCCGUCUCCGUCUUCAAAGCCGGUGGCAUGUUCUCCGGCCGCAGCGAAGAGGUUGCCACCAAGGCCCUCGACGCCUCCGGUCGCGACCUGCCCCUCGGCCUGACCGGCUCCUGGACCGCCGCCCUGCAGCUGACCCGGAACGGCUCCGCCACCGGCUCGACCAUCUGGCAGGCCGGCCCGCUGGUCGCUAACGCCCCAAAGGUCUACGGCAUGACGACCUUUGCCGCCGCCCUGAACGAGAUCACCCCCAUCGAGGACGGCCGCCUGCCCGCGACAGACUCGCGGCUGCGGCCCGACCAGCGCGCGCUGGAAGACGGUGAUGUCGACCGCGCUGAGGAGCUCAAGGUGCAGCUCGAGGAGGCACAGCGCGCGCGCCGGCGCGACAUGGAAGCCGCGGAGCAGUCGUGGACGCCGCGGUGGUUUGCGCGGGUGGAUGAGGAUGCGGGCGCCAACGACGGCGAGGUCGUGUGGCGGUUGAAGGCUGGCAAGGACGGGUACUGGGAGGAGCGGGCCAAGGGCAACUGGAGCGGCGUGGUGCCGGUGUUCAAGACGUAG